UUCAUCUCCAAGACACCAACGCUUCUUCAACUUCAACCAUUUCUAUCCCUCACCUUUUGAUCUGUUUAAUAUCAUAUAACCAGAAGAAAGGAAAUCCCUACAAAAUGUCGUCCAUGCGCAACGCCGUCCAAAGACGGCAACACCGCGAAAGAGGCCAACUUGACGGCCGCGAAAAAUGGGGUAUCCUCGAGAAGCACAAAGACUACUCCCUCCGCGCCAAAGACUACAACGCCAAACAAGCCAAACUCAAGCGCCUCCAGGAACUCGCCGCCAGCCGCAACCCAGAUGAAUUCGCCUUCGGGAUGAUGUCCGCGCACUCGCAGAAAAAAGGCAAGCACGGUGCCGCGGCGCGCGACUCAGCCGCGAAGCGGGGACUGAGCCAUGAGGCAAUCAAGUUGCUGAAGACGCAGGAUGCGGCGUACCUGCGGACGACUGGGGAGCGGCUACGGCGGGAGAUCGAGAAGGUGGAGCAGGAGGUGAGGUUACAGGAGGGGAUUCAGGAGGCUCUUGGGGAGAAGAAAGAUGAGAGCGAAUCCGAGACAGAGGAUGACGAUGAUGACUUUGAUUUCGAUUUCGGGCCGAAGGAGAAGCACGGGCAAAAGAAGGCGAGGAAGUUGGUCUUUGCGGAUGAUCGGCGGGAGCAGCGGGCGUUGAAGAAACGGAAACUUCAAGAAGAUCCUGAGGAAGAGGAUGAGGAGGAAGAGCAACAGUCGUUUGGUGAUUUGCAGAAGAAGCAGCAGAAAAAGUCGCAGAAACAGCUCGAGGCGGAGAGGCAGGCUCUCGUCGAGGCUCGUCGAGUCCGCAAGAUGAAGAAGAGAGCUGCCGAGGCUCGUGAGAACAAGCUCAAGGCGCUUCGGAAGCAGUACGCCGAUAUCACUGCCGCCGAGCGUGAGCUGGACUGGCAGCGAGGGCGGAUGGAUAAUUCGGUUGGGGGAACGAACAAGGAUGGCAUCAAAUGGAAGAUCCGCGAGCGCAAGAAGUGAUCUGGGACUGGUCUUUCUCACUGCAGCUCAUGUCUAUGAUACCUUUUUCCCUUUUUUUCUUUCUUGCAUUGGGCUGGAGGUCAAGCAAAAGUUCUUUUAGCUGGUUUAUAACAGAGGCUUGAGGAGUUCAGGCGCAUAUAAUGUGAAUACCAUUCAUCUUAUGUAUUGGAACUCAUUAACGAGG